GAAAUGAGAGACAGGUAAAGGAGGUUAACGCGUUUUUCUGGUAGUAUUUUGUGUAGUUUAGGAGAAAUGGUAAACAAAAAUACCUUAGAGUGAGAUUAUCCUCGUCCACAGGCUUCAUUACUCCUCGAGACCAACCAUGAGGGGUAUUUAGGACUCGUGUGGACCAUUUACAGUGAUGAUGUGAGUGAUGUGUAAGGAAAUAAAAGUGAUAAGUGGAGGAAAACAGGACGGGGAGUGAGUGUUGAUCUUCUCGUUGUUGGUAUGCUGACUCAAGGUUGUUCUCCUGACAUUUUACUCCACAAAUGGCAGUGUGAACCUCAUGAUCUGGCUCACACCCUCAGUAUGUGUGUGGUGGUGUAGAGUGAGACAUAAUGUGGUGGUGGAGUGUGACUAGGAUACAACAGCAGUUCAGCCAUGGUCAGGGAAGAGGUGAAGAGACGCGGGGCAGAAUGUUUAAGAAGAAGAGCAAGAAAGUGCAAAUAUCAGCACCGAGCAACUUUGAGCACCGCGUCCACACUGGCUUUGAUCACCAUGAACAAAAGUAUGUUGGACUUCCACCUCAAUGGCAAGGAAUUGUUUCAAAUGCACUGGACAAGGGCAGGCCCAUGCCGCUGGUUGACCCAUCCGAGAUCACGCCCGUGGAUAUGCUCGACAUGAAGAUGCCACCGGAAACUACCAGAGGACAAGACUCUUCCAGCAGACUCAGCCGGGGAUUUGCCACCCUCAACCUGGCCGACCCAAACAGAAACCCACAGACAAACACACGAGAACGAGGUGGGGGCAACAAUAACAACAACAACAACGUCAACAAUAAUAAUAAUAAUAGUAAUGGACCUGCCAGCCUUCCCAAGACUUCCAGUGUGGCACGAUCCAACUCACUGCGCUCUUCCAGUCCUCCCAGGCACCGUAGGCCUGAGCAGUGGGGCGGUUACAACCUGCCGCCAACCCUUCACGAGGGGGAAGUGCUGGAUGGUCCCCCACACAACUGGCCCUCCUACCCUCAGUACCCAGGCCAUCCACAGUACACAGGGCACCCGCAGCACCCAGGACCUGGUCAACACAUGCCUCAUCCAAAUCACCCAGGCCAUUACCAGGGUCAUCCAGGGCACCAACAGGGCCCUCCUGGACACCCACCUCAUCACCCACUCAGUCCCACACAACCUCCCAAAAGUUCUCCAGGUUAUCCCCCACACUUGCGUCCCCACCAGGGUCAUGGACCACAACACCCUGGUCCUCAUGGACCUGUACAUGGUGGGCCUCCUUAUCCGGGACCUCCCCACGGUCAUCCCAUCAAUGGAGAGGAUCGGUGGGACCCCCGCGAUCCGAGAGGUCCCCAUCAUCCGGACAUGCGACGGGAUGGAUGGGGAACAGGGGGUAGACCAGAGAUGGGAGGUAUACGAACACCCUCUGGACCCUCCUCUGCAGGGUCAGCUGGAAGCAGUGGACAACAUGGCCCUACACCUCCACCUCCCCAUCACCAGAAUCUUCACAAUGGCCAUCCACCACAUCCACAGGGUGGACGACCCCCGGCACAGCUACCGCCCGAAGCAGGCGGUGGCCCCGGACACCACAAUGGUCCACACUACCAGUCUCAGCCACACCCUGGUCAACACCCACUGUCUGGCCCUCCCCCACAUCCUAAUCAACAUGCUCAUCAACAAUCUAAUCAACAUCCUCAUCCUACAAAUCAACAUCCUGGUCAACAUCCUCACCAGUCUCCGUCUUCACAGCGUACCCACCAGCGACGGCCUCAGCCUCUCCCGCCCUCACACCAGUCUCCUCAUGGUGCCCCCCCGGGUCAUCCUCCUCCUCCACAUCACACUUCCCAAAGUCAGUUACAUCAGCUGCAUCCACAACAGCAGGAACUACAGUCACAAUCUCAGCAACAACCUCAACUCCCACAACAUCCAUCUCAACAUCCACAGCAGCAACAUCAACAGCAGCAACCCCCUCCACCUCCACCACAUGGAGUACAAAAGUUACCACCACCUCCCCACCAGCUUCCACCUCAUUCCCAGAUGUAUUCAAAGCCACCAGCACCGGCACCUGAACAAAACUCCCCAUCUGGGAAAGGAUCCACCACCUCUCAACAAGAUCAUAAUGGGAACCGCUUUGACCCACAGUCUGCCGGCCACAACACCGUGCCUCAGGUGACGUUGAGAGACCGUAAAGCCAGCGGGGAGGGGAGAGAAGGGGGCAGCAGUGGGGCAAGUGCCAACAGUACCACCAACAACAAUACAACUAGUUUGCCGGGGAAAUCUCCUCCAGGGUUUCCUCACGGCAGCGCUUCACAGCACCACCCGGCAGCCAAGCAACACGACCAGCAGAGAUUAUCGCACGAACAGUUCCGAGCAGCACUGCAGAUGGUGGUGAGUCCAGGUGACCCCAGAUACAACCUGGACAACUUCAUCAAGAUUGGGGAGGGAUCCACGGGCAUCGUGUGCAUAGCCAGUGAUAGAGAGUCUGGUAGUCAGGUUGCAGUAAAGAAGAUGGACUUGCGGAAACAACAGCGGAGAGAACUUCUGUUUAACGAGGUGGUAAUAAUGCGGGAUUAUCACCACCCCAAUAUCGUCGAGAUGUACGACUCAUUUUUGGUAGAGGACGAGCUGUGGGUCGUUAUGGAGUUCCUGGAAGGGGGAGCACUCACAGAUAUUGUCACCCACGCCAGGAUGGACGAGGAACAGAUUGCUACGGUGUGUAGACAAUGCCUCAAAGCUCUUGCAUACCUGCACUCACAAGGAGUCAUUCACCGAGACAUCAAGAGUGACUCCAUCUUGUUAGCAAGUGAUGGCAGGGUUAAACUGUCCGACUUUGGAUUUUGCGCCCAAGUUUCUCAAGAGCUGCCCAAGCGCAAAUCCCUGGUGGGCACUCCAUACUGGAUGGCCCCAGAAGUCAUAUCCAGACUUCCUUAUGGGCCUGAGGUAGAUAUCUGGUCGCUGGGUAUCAUGGUGAUCGAGAUGGUGGAUGGGGAGCCCCCAUUCUUCAACGAGCCCCCAUUGCAGGCCAUGAGACGAAUAAGGGAUAUGCCACCACCUAAGUUAAAGAAUUCUCAUAAGAUAUCACCGCGCCUACAAGGAUUCCUGGAGAAGAUGCUGGUCAGAGAUCCAGGCCAACGAGCAACUGCAUUUGAACUCCUUCAACAUCCUUUCCUACGUCAGGCUGGGCCACCGUCUCUCCUUGUCCCUCUGAUGAGGUCCUUCAGACACUCCCCCUGUUAACUGUGUACUGUAGCCUUGCAUUUUAUAUAACUGUAACAUAUGGUGGUUUAUGUUAGUGCCUUUUGUAAACCGUGAAGGGUUAUCAUGUGCCUAUACUUAAAGAGGUAAUGUGAUGUGAGCAGCCAAUAAGCAUACAGUAUAUUCAGCAGUAAAUGUAAUCUGGUGUGUAUGGCUUAUGGUCCAGUUGGCAGCUGAUACAUAGGUAUCAUUACUAAUGGCAUCUCUUUUUAAAUGCAAGAUUAAUUCUUAAGCAUUCCAAGGAAUAUCAUUAUGAAAGAAUAUUAGAACGUAAAGAAAUAAUAAUACUCAAGGAAAUUACAUGAUAAAUUAUAUUUUUUAGAAUUUGAAAUGAAGCAAUUUAUACUAUUGAUUGUCUGUUCCACUUCAUAAUGAAUUGAGGUUCACUAUUGGCAGCUAAAUGUGGUAUAAAUGCAUUCAUGAAGCUGAGAUGUUACAGGCACGUGAGUAGUGUCUGGGAGAGUUAUGUUGCUGAACCCCAUCUAUUGUUCCUAAGGGGUUGGUAAUUAAAGUGUAUUUAUGUCUUUAUAUAUAAAUAUACAUAUAUAUACAUACAUAUACAUACUUUAUUAUUGUGACUAUUAUAUCACCAAAGAGGCUUUAUUUUGUGUUGAUUUUUGGGUCUAAACAUGGCCAUAUUCUGAUGUAAGUAUGUUAGUUUAGUCUCAAGUUAGAUGUGAAAGUGUUUGGCAAACUUUUUAGAGCAAAUCACUGCAGUAAAAGUUAAUGAAAUGUCAAUGUUCUGUACAAGUAACCAGAAAGAACAAAACUUAAAUACUUAAUUCAAGUUUUAUAGACUUACAGUAGAUGCUAAGAAUAGAAGCAUUCCAGUUUUAUGAAAAGAUAAGUGUUUAAAAUCUAUUCCCUCUAUUUUUGUGUAGAGUCGACACGAGAACUUGUAAAUAUUAUAACGUAUUUGUUCAUUUAAUUUUAACCGACGAAAUGGAUCUUGCCAUUCAUUUUUAUUUUCUCAAUUUUGUACAUAACACUUGUAAAUGUUUAUUGUUUGUUUCUCACUUUAACUAGCAUUUAAUAUAUGUACAGGUCAUUCCAUCACAAUGUGCAGUAUAAUUACUACAGCAUCCAGUAAUUGCUCAAGGUUGCACCAGCAGGUAUUAAAAAGGUCAACAAAUCCUUUUUGUCCACUCUAGCGACAAGUUUAGGACUUUCUCAUACAUGAUCACAGUUAGCCUGUCCAUGUUUCCUUCAUGGAGGACAGGAGGCAACUACUGUUUUUGUCCAUUUUGUAAAUUCAUCUUAAAUAUCAUCAUGUAGAAAAAAAUAUGCUUCUCUAAAAGUGUUUUCAGUCGAGCAGUAAAACCUCUCUUAUCAAAAUGAACUGGGUAGUGAUGUGAGCUGAUCAACUUUCCUGGUUGUGUGUUUACUUUCUGUUCUUUAUUAUGUCUCGCCAUCCAUCCCUUUAAAUCUAUCCUAUUAAACCGUUUCCUGAAUCCCCAACACAGGAAGGUGACCUCUUAAGUUUGCAUACUGUACCUCCUUCCCAACUGCAGAUGUACUUACUUACUCUUUCUACUCAUAUUUGAGAUGCCACCAAAUGCGAUCAUAGUGUAGGUUGUAUUAGUUACAUUAACACAAAAAUAUCAUAGUAAAGUAUUAUUGACAUUGCUGUACACUUUAUAAUCUGUUCUUACAUACAGUAUCCAAAAGCAGUAUUUUACUUAAGGGAUUUGAAGUCCAAUAAUAUUUUCUGUAUGUCGAGUAAAACUGAUUGAAGUGUUGGGUAAAUAUUGUGUUGGAAGAAGCUUGAUAUAGUUGAAGAGAUAGAUUAUUGGUUGUACUUUGUAAAUAGAUUACCAUUACCAUUUGGUGCCAUAUAAUGUAACCAUAUCUCUCAUGCUCCUUGUGUAGAUUUUUAAUUUCCUUUCAAAGUGUCUUGUCAUCCUCCCCUCUCCCCCCAGGCCAAGAGUGGACUUGUACUUAUAGUAGAAGGCAGAGAAAGUGCAUGUACUUCUGGGAAUGCUUGAGUGUGUGCUCCCCAUAAUAUUGUUUGUGGUGAUGUCAGGUUUAAACACUACUUGUUGUCAGUCUUGAUUUGUCCAUUCAUAAGUGGUAAAAUAUCGAGGUCUUGUUACAUCUGUUGCUAUUUAGCCUGGAUAGAGAUAGAAAGAAGACUGCAUUUCCCUCUUCUUCCCUUAACUUUUAACUCGAUAUAUGUGUGUGUGUGCAGCCAAAGCAAGUAGCCAUAGCAUUGAUCAUUUAUAAGAUUGAUGCAUGUGAAAGCAAUUCUUACUUCAAAACCAUUUUCACUUGGUUCAUUACAAUUUAUCUUCCCCUCGUGUACACAUAAUGUAUCACUUCAUGGGCUUCAUUACCAGUGAGAUAGGAAGCUCUUUAUCACAUAUUAAGCAUUGUGUCGUAAAAUAUCAUGGUGUAGAGUUAGUUAUAUUCAGUACCCUGUUUCCCACAUUUACUGCGUGGUACGACGAGGAGUCUUGCCACACAGGUAAUUUUUUUUUAUUCCCCUACACCCACUCCUGUGAAAAGGUUCAUGUUUUUUAUAGAAGCAAAAGUAAAUAUUGUGUUCAUUAAAAAAUACUGUCAUCAUUAAUAUAGAACAAUACUUAUUAGUAACAUCCAAGUCAAAGAAUGAGUUAUAUGGCAUCUGCUUGGAUCCACUAAAUUGAAUCUGAACAUUGCUAGAUAAACAGUUUUCAACAUAAAAGGAGUUGCUGUAGUGUAUCUUCUUCCAUCUAUUCAUGAUAACAUUUAUGGACUGGUAGGAAUAGUAAUACAGUAUUUCAUGUAGGGAAAGAAGUUCAGUUGGAUAAAUGAGGAUUUACUGUAAUAACAAAUAGAUGAAGAAAAGACAAAGAAUUACAUGCAUCCUAUAUGGAGAACAUUGAUCAUGAGAACUUCCUACAUAUCUCUUGUAUAUAGCUAAACUAACGACUUAGGCAAAACAUUUCCGUGUGGUAUUAAGUUAGGGUCAUAGGUGUAUAUUGCAGUACCUAACAGCAGUUGUAUAGUAAAACUCUUACCUCCUUGUAGACCGUUGCUUUGGAACUGUUCACUUUGUAAUUGUUUUAAGGACCAUAUCAGUCAAGAAGUGAUGAACAAUGUAAUUAUAUCAGUGCUAUAACAAUCCCUCCAGAAUAAUUGAUUGUGCCUUAAUGGUGCCUGGGAAAAUGUAACAAGAUCCUGGAGAACCUGUCCCGAACAAGAUGACAUAUUAAUGGCACUGUUGAACCAUUAAGUGUCAUUUUAGCCACUGUGCCCAGGUGUUGAGGCGUUAGCUUGUUGCUUACACGACUCAUACCUAUAAUAACAGCUGACAGAUAUUACAUGAAUAUAUUUUGUAUCUAAAACUGGAGUAUUAUAUAAGAAAAUAACUGAGAUAAACUUUUUGAAAUUGAUGGUUGUAGUGCUGGGGAAUAUAAGAGUAAGAAUUACUUAUAUGUAUGAUAGGGUGUCUUUUAUAAGUGUACUGGAUAGUGAGUGCAGCUUUUGAGUAACUGUCCUGUAUGUGUGUGUUUCCCGUCACAUAUAAUUGCCUUGCCGCAGAAUGUGUGUUGUACUGUAUUAUGUAAAUCAGCCCGUCCAUUUGCUGCCUUUUACACUAGAUCAAUUUAUUAUCUAAGCUCUGAAACACUUAAUUAUGGUGUGUUUGUCAUAUAAGGUCUUGCACUUAAUGUUAGGUUUUAAUAUUGUAUGCGAGAUUCCAUUGGCCGAUGUUUGAUAAUUUUAGAUACUUUUUAUAAUUUCUGGAGUGUCUGUUUUGUUGGCAGUAGUGUAUAAGUGAUAAAACUAUAUGUAGGAAUCGUAUUUUUCAAUGUUAAUUAGUGAUAAAUCUUGUUGAGUGCCUCAUAACAAUUCCACAUUGUUGUAAUGUUAGAAACUGUGGUCGUGUUCUGAUUAAUUGCUUGGGUGCUGUCUGUUCAGGUGAUUAUCAUUGUGAACACAUACACUGGUGGACUCUUCUGUACUAUUAAUGAAGUCAUUUUAAUUGUUUCUGGUGAUAUGUGAAACAAAGGCCAGAAUCAUACAAUUAAAGAAAUUAGUUGCUCUCACCAGUUUUUGGAAGAAAUAUUGGCUAAUUUGGUAAUAUAAAUUUAUUUUUUAAUUGACAGUCUUAGCAUUGGCUAACCUCCACCAGUCCUGCUGGAAAUUUGCACUUGUAACAGCAUUGGGUAGUAUACAGUAUUUACCUGUGUGUUCUAAAGCAAGAUUAUUGUCAUUAUAUAAUAAGUUUCUCACAAUGUAACUUUAUAAAAGCUUCACCAGAAUACCAUCAAGCUGUAGAUACAUGAUGGCAAUCUACUUAAAGUACGUAUUGUUAAAGAGCUGUUUAAGAAUAGGGGAAUAGCAUAAUGUUUACGUUUGAAGUGUGAUUACUUGUUUUAUGUGUAUCUUUUAAAUACUUUUAUUGGCAACAUAGUACAACAUAAGUAGCAUAGAACUUUUAAAAGUACAGUCAAGAGGAGAAAAGUUUUCUUUUAGAUCUUAUACAAUACUCUGUUAAACAAAGAUAUUUAAAUGGUGAUAAAUCAUUAGUGGAGGAAGUUGGGGCCAGUUCUGAAGUCACUGGUGGUAAUGUUUGAUCAUGUUCUAAAGAUUUUCAUUGUUUUAAGGUAUAUCAUCAGUUAUUCUUCAGUUUCCUUAACUCUUCUUGUCGUGUGGAAGUGUUUUAAGACUUAUGAUCAUACUGUACUGUAUAGGUAGGAUAUAUUUUAUUAUCAAUUAUAUACUGUACUCUUCACCUUGUGUGAGGAUCUGCAUAUUCAUUUACAUAUUGGCAGGACUUUUUUAUAGUGUCACUGGGACAAUUCCUUUUGUGAAGCCACAUGAAUCUGUUAAGGGUUAACUCCUCAUUUAACCCCCUACACUGUCUGACUGCAUUUAAUACAACUCCAUUCUCCUCAUUCCAUGAUGGGUGUUCCUUUAUAUUCUGCAGUUCUCUUGCAGAAUACUGUAAUUUAGAAUUCCAACUUGCAGCUCAUUUAUAUCAUGAAAUUCCUCCUUUUGCAUUGUGCCAAAACUGCUUUUCAGAAACCAUAUCAGGGAAGAAAUAUCUAUCCAAUCAGCCCAUUACCUUAUUUUGUCACUAACACACAUUUAGGGCAACGGGCAGGUAAUUGUUCAACGGCACGUACGUCAGCAUUAAAAUCUAUUCAUCUUUUACAUCUUAUGAAAAAAUGUAUGAAAUUGUUUAUCUUAUUCUGAUAGUUUAAGAAUUAUUUCUCGUAUAUGGACCAUUAUAAGCCAUCUUCAACAAUAUUGAAUAUUUGUUGUCUUUUAUAAGUUGACUGACUUGCGGUUGUGAUUGGCUGUAUAGGGGCUCAUUAUAAAUGGACUGUGCAUGGGGAGAGAGGAGGCUGGAGAGGCACAUGGGUCUAAGUGGCCACAUGUGUUUCUUCAGUAUCUAGUCCAUGUAUCCUCAAGGAUGUUUUCAUAUUAUGGGUGACCUGAAACUUGUCCAUCUUAAACCUGAAGAUUAUUACUAGAUGUCUUUUGAGUUGUUGAGAUAACUUUAUUUUUGAUGAACUUGGUAAAGAUUAUCUACAAAUAAAGACUUAAGUGGGGUCUCCCUCUUGCAAGAAGGGGUCAGUUGGAGAUUAUUUGUCAGUACCCAUAUAAAUAUACAACACUUGGACAUAAUUAAACAUAGUCACACAGGCUGACAUAGGUGUUUGCACUAGGCUGGGAUAUUUGAAGUUUCUUUGUAUGAUUUGUCAUUUUUUUUUAGUAUGUGUGUAUUAUAUCUUAAAGAAGGUGCAGUUGCUCACAGGUAUAGUGUUCUGCCCCUUGGCCACCUUUCCCAACAAGUGGCCAACAAUAUAUAUUUUCGGUAAUAUUUGUAUUUGAGAUUUGUGCUAAGUGAUGGGAUUGAUGUAAUAUCUGUAAAGAAGGUUCAACUAGAUUCUGACAAUGCCACAUGUUCGGAUAGGUUAGCAAGGGUUGGAACACCAUAUCUGUGGGCAACUGUACAUGAGUAUAAAUGAAAUUUAUAAAGUUCAAACAUGUGGACAUUGUGCUUCACGAUUCACAGUAUACCAACUUAAAGCAGUAAAAUCCAGGGUUUAAACUUGAAAUUUGGAGUUUGUAAUUUGGACCACUUUUAUUGCUACGCAGGAUAAAUUAAGUCCAACUAUGAAGUUCUUACGUGAAAAGUUUCAAACCCCCCAGCCCAAUGUGUGCACACAAACAUGUACACCAACUCAAAACACAGAUACACAACACAGUGUAAGUUCUAGACCACUCUGACCCCAAGAUUCCAAAACAAUCUUCCCAAAUCUGUCAAAGAUUUAUAUUCCUGUCUUCCCAUAAUGCAUUUUUCAUCAUUCAAGCUUUGGUAGACCUGAUUAUUGUGAAUAUUAAUUUACACAGCUAUUUGUAUUUAAUAAGUAAAAUGUUUAUUAUUUUUGUGUAGAUUUUAAGUUUGAUAGAUAUAUUAUGUAGCCUUGUAAAUACACAGAAGUAAUGUACUAUUUUAGAGAUAGCAAUAAACCUUACAAUAGUC